UUUUUAGUCAGCCCUACAUCGACGUCUCUGAUACGCUGCGGGAUUUUAUUUGCUCUAUUACUAUUUUUUUGUCGUAAUUGUAAUUUGAUCGUCGAAUUGCAAAACCUCUGAAUUAGCCAUUGUGGCUUCUGCAGCGAGAACUCCAUGAAUGGCUCGGUUACAAUAGGGAACGAAUUGAAAGUAUCCGCCAAUUGCGUCAAAUAAGAAAAAAUACUUUUUACUUCGUGUGUGUGUGUGUGCCUGUCGGUGUACGUGCGUACGUGUGUGUGUGUCGCUCGGUGUGUGGCUCUGUGUGAGUGUACUGCACAUAGCGCAUCGUUCGGUUGAACUUUAAAUAUACAAAACACAGUUGAGUAAAACAACGAAUUGUACAUUUAAAACGAAUAGAACAAAAAAAAAAUAUAUAUAAUAAAAGAAUAUAUGAUUCUAUUGAUGAAUUUGUAGUCCUUGGAGAAGUUAUCAGUUCGUUGUUCAUGCGCUCGCAGUGCAAUUUGUGAGCAAAAGAAAACUUACCAUUUUUUUCGUACAUCUUUGUAUAUAACAAAAAAAUCGGUAUAUUACACAUACAGAUGUUCGUAUUGUGUGCGUGUGUGCGUUUUUUUUUUUUUUUUUUUUGAGAAUUCUAGCUGCUGAAGCGCUCCUGUGUGCGUGUGUGUCCGAGUGAGCGAGCGAGCAAGCACCCAAAACAACAACAACAACAACAAAAGCACAUCCACUGUCGCAGCUCUCACACACACACAAAUUGUCAUGUUGACACUCUUGCGGAUUCGGACUGCACUUGCAUAGCGCUAUUCAGGCCAGAUGUAAUCCUUGAAGCAGGACCUAGACAUAAGGAACAGAGGUGACACGAGCUUGGACUACGAAUUUGGAAAACAGUUAUACAUCUAUAGAGCUUAUAUAUCUGUUCAUAUAUAAAGCAUAAAUAUGCCACGCUUCCGCAACGAGGAGGUGGUGCAGCGGCAAUACAAGGAUGGGGACAUCGUCUGGGUAAAGAUUCACAACUCGGAGAUAUGGUGGCCCGGCGAGGUGACCUCGUCGCAGGAUUUUCGUUUCGUGAACAGCUCGCGGCGACCCUACGCCGUCGUUGAGUUCUUCAAUGAACGCACUUUCGAGCAGGUGAACACGGCUAAGCUCAUCUAUCCCUUUCAAUGCGAACACAAAAAGGAGUUCAUCAAGCUGGGCACCAAGAAAUCCGUUGCAUCCGAUAUGAGGGAGAAGUUCAAUGAGGACGUGAAACACGCUGAAAAUCGUUGGGCAGAAAGAAAUGUGACGAGUGCAGAGCCACCGGUUCGACAUGAGAGCCUGAUUAAGGCAUUGCUAUCGAGCACCGUUACCACCGCCACCGUCGGCACCAACACGAGCAACAACAACAGCAGCGGCAGCAGUGGCAGCAGCAACAGCGGCAGCGGCAGUGGCAGUGCCAGCAGAAGCAGCAGCAGCUUCAUGAACAUCAAUAGCAACAGCAACAGCAGCUAUAGCAGUGCUGCAAACAAUGGCAACUACAACAGCAAUAAUCACAUCAACAACGACAACAACAAUGAUUCCUCGAUUCGUAUCAUGGACAUUGGAGCGCCGGCUUCCGCAUAUGCACGACCCGAGGGACGCAACGAUCAGCGCUAUGAGUGCAACCUGUGCGACUUCCAUACGAGCAGCAUGAACGUUCUGCUCAUUCACAGACGCACUCACUUGGAGCUGAGUCGUUUGAGCACCGGCGCCCAGGUACCCAUACCCACAGCGAUGCCAGGCUGUGGCAACAAUUGCUUGGGGAACAAGCACCGAUCAUCCCGAAGGGCCAACACGUCGAUCUCUCGUGACUUGGCGACCUACUCCUCGCUGUGGCGCUGUCAAUCGCGGCACGUUUCCAUUGUGGUGGAUGCCCCGCUCAAUGAUGAGGAGCAAAGGCAGGUAGCGAGCAUUGCCCAGUUGACGUUGGCCAGCAUCGAGCGUGUGGUUAAGUCGCCCAUGCCCCUGGAAUCGUCGUCCAGCGAGUGCUCCGCGCUGCUGGUGCGUCGCAACACGCAGAUAAGUUCGCGGGACCCGAGACGCAAACGUUGUCAUCAGAUGCGCGCUACGAUGCCAGUGCCGCCGCCCUUGGUGCCGUCCACGCCACCAACGCCGGCGAAGCAAAGGAGACUAACGCGUUCCAGUAUCAGGCAGCAGGAGAGUGCAGCCAGUGGAAGUGCAGAGGGCGCACGAGCCAGGGCAGAAAGAGAGGAAAGAGGAAGGAGAAGAGGAGUCGGAGCAGCAAGGGAAGCAGCCAGAAGGGGAUAUGACAGUGGAAGAGGAUCAGCAAAUGGAGAAGAGGACCCAGAAGAUAGAGAAGAUGAGGUCGGACGAGCAGAAGCAACAGCAGUCACUGUAGGAAGACGAGGGCUAGAAGCAGCAACCCUCGCAGGGACACCAACUGUAGGAAGAUCCGUCUCUUCCUCUGUUACCUUUGUGCUUCCCACACCCCGACCACGCGUAGUCCACUCCAGAAACAGGAGCUGCACAGUAACCAGCGCCAGCUUGUUGUCCUCGACGUCUUCGCCAUCUCCGUCGCUACCGCUGUCACCGUCGCCGUCGCCAUUUUCGCAGACUUUGCCCAAUCGUCCGACCCUAACUAUGUCAUCCAGUCCAGAGACGACGCCAACAUCCAGGUCUCAGUCCCUGCCUAAGACCAAAGCGAAGCCCAAGUCCAGGUCAAAUAUCAGAGGCAGAUCGAGUCACAGCUCGCCGCCCGUGCCAGGGGCUUCAAAACGUGGACGCAAGCGCAAGCAGAAGGAGGAAGAGUCGACAACGGAUGCUGUGCGGGAGCAGACAGCCAUAGCUGAAAGAGUGCAGGAGAGCCAGCAGACGGAGGAGGAGCAGCAGCAGCGCAGCAGCACUCCAAAUCAGAUCGUGAAUGAUUCACGGGAGUUGCAGCGAAGACUGCUAGCUGAAUGGGGAGAUUACGAGCAGGAGGAUCAGGAACAGGAGGAGGAACAGCAUCUGCAACUGCAACUGCAGCAGAGGCAACCGCUGGAGCACGAGAUGGAGCAGCAGGAGCUAGAGGAGGAUGCUGAUGCCGAUGCCGAUGCCGAAGCCAGUCCAGUUACAAACGAUGCAUCCAAUGAUGUGUCCAUUAACGCCGUAGCAUCCUGUUCAUCGAGCUCAUCGUCUUCCAAACGCAUUCGCAACAUACCAAAGAAGGAUCGCCGCGAUGUGGUGCUCCAAGAGUUCGACGUUAGCGCCGAGAGCAGCUGUUUGCCAGAUGAGCCGAUCCUGAUCCAAGACAGCGAUGCUAGCUCCAAUGAGAGCGUUGUCUUUAUCGACGCCGCCGAGCCGCAGCGCUCGAUGAGGACAGCAACAGCUAAUGCCAAUCCCAAUCUCAAUCUCAAUCUUAAUCCCAGUGCCGUCUCCUGCUUUGAUUUUGAUGAAGAGGACGAGCAACUGGAGUCAGCUGCACUGCAACCGCAUUCACCCGUCGCCGAGGGUACGAAUGGUCUAAGCUAUAGGAGACGCACUAAGCCAUCUGCUCCACCUCCAGCCCCACCAGCAACGGCUACCAGCACGGCUGCUCUGGCCAAUGGCGCUGAGGAGCGCCAGUCUAGAAAACAAUCUCUGGGCAAAUCCUAUGAGGACAUUUUCAAAGGCUUCAAUGAACAGCUGCAACAGCAGCAGCAGCAGCUGCUGCUGCAGCAACAGCAACAGCAACAGCAGCAGGAGCAGCUGGAACAGGAGCAAGAAUUGGAAGCCGCAGGUGGUCUGGAGGCCGAGACGGAGCAGUCGAGCCUGCCCAUCAAGGAGCGACAGAAACGCAUUUUCAAGUCGCGCAACAAGCAGCGCGAAGAGCACGAGCAGCAAAUGGAGCACGAACAGCUGGAAGAGGAGAAGGAGCAGGAGAAAGGGGAGCAGGAAGAAGAGGAGGAGGAGGAGGAGGAAGAAGCCAGUCAACAGGAGCAACAGGCUCUGGAACAGAAACAGGAAGAGGAUGAGGAAGAGGAGGACGAAGAGGAGGAGCAAGAGGAGGAGGAGGAUCAAGAGGAGCAACAGAUGGUCUCAUCGCCUCAGCUGACAUUGUCCAACGGUUCCAAUGGCUUCACUUCUGCACUGAAGACUGACAGGCGGCGCCUCAACAAGCCAAACAAAAGCGACACCAAAACCAAAUCGCGAUCUAAUGUCUUGUCCAGCUACAGCCUGGCUCAAACGCCGCCCACGCCAACGCCCACAGCCGAAGAGCUGAGCAGCUCGUCGAGUGCAAAUCCAAACGCCAACUCAAACUCAAACUCAAACUCAAACUCAGACUCAGACUCAAACUCAACGAGCUCCAACAGCAACAGCUCCUCGCAGCAUACGAGCAACAGCAACAGCAACAGCAACAGCAGCUCCAUUCUGUCCAAUAUGGCUGUCAUCUCUGCUGAGGAGGCGCGCGAGCUGCAGCGCUCGGCUCCAGCUUUGGUCGAGGAGUCGACCACGGCCACGGAGUCGAGUGGUGUGCUCAUACUGGAGGACAUUUUGUUGCCCAAUCUCUAUGAGAUACGCCCCAACUCGGUGAAUAGCGAUCUGAGCAGUGCAAGUGAACGAAGUCGUGGACUGAGUAGAGCCAGUAGGGCCAGCAGAAGAAGAAGCUGUGGAAGCAGCGACAGCAGCAGCAGCAGCAGUAGCAGCAGCAGCAGCAGCAGUAGCAGCAGUAGUAGUGGAGGCAGCGGUCGCAGCCAGGUGAAGCGGCUAGUGAGAGUAGAGGGCGAUGACGAGGAAGAGGAGAGUCAAAAGGAGAGAGACCAGGAAGGGGAUGAACAGAGUCAAAAGGAGAGGAACGAGGAAGAGGAUGACGAGGAGGUGGAGGAGGUGGAGGAGGUGGAUGAGGUGGAUGAGGUGGAGGAAGAGGUAGAGGUAGAGGGGGAGCAACAGCAGCAACAAGAGAUGAAACAGCAGCAGCUGCUAAGGGAAACAGAAGAGGAGCCGGAGAAGCAAAUGGAGCAAGAAGAGAACUCAAAAGAAGAGGAAGAGAAAGCAGAGCUGAAGGAAGAGGAGGACAAUGAAGAUGAAGAUAAGUCACAGGAAUACUUGGCAGCAGAGGAGAAGGCUAAGCAGUUGCAACUCCAGGAGGAAGAGGUCGAGGAUGAGGACGAAGAUGAAGACCCGGUGGAAGUGGUGAUAUAUCAAAGGCAACAGCAGGAGCUGGAGGAUGAGGAGGAGGAUGAUGAAAUUGAGCAUCGUAGCGCUCUUCAGCAGCAGCAGUUAGCGGAUGAGGAAGAGGACGAAGAAGAGGAGCACGUGCGAAUGCUGAGUCCCACAGGUGAAUCCUCGCAAGCUGAGUCAGCUCUAAUUGAAUCACCUCUAGCUGCCACGCCCCCACGGCCAAUUGAAUCACCUGGAUUAGCAUCUAUUGAAUCCCCAGUAGCUUCCACAUCAGCCGCAGCCCAACGCGCCCUUGCCGCCUAUGCAAACCUGCGACAGGAAUCCCCUCGAGGUGCCUCGCCUUCAUCGCCAGCCAGUUGGUCGCCAACGCCGCCGGCAACACCCUCGACCAGUCGACGCUUCGAACUGAAGCUGAAGAAGCGCGAACGCGAAAUGUUGCUCAAGUACGAGGCGGACAUGAUCAGUGGACGCAGCGCAGAGAUCAGUCGCAUUGCCAGGGAACGCUGGGCGCGUGCCCGAAGCCAACACAAACCAAAUGCCGAGGAGAAGGCGUUGCUAAUGCGACUCGAGGAGCCACCCACUCUCAGGCUCAAUCGCAGAGCGUUCAGCGAGCCGCCUGCAGACAUGGAUGGUGAGGGCAGAAGCAGCCUACGGAACAGCAGAUCCUGCCAAGCUUUGGCCAGCCUGAGUGAGCAUGAUGUGCUGAUAGCCAGACAUCAGCUGCAGCUGCUGUGCGAGGCGCAGACUAGAAGAAAGCGGCGAAGCAGCGAUGCAGAAGCUGAAAUAGAGACUAGAAGGCGGAGGCAAGAGCAGGAGGAAGAAGAGGGGCAGGAACAGCCGGAUCAGCCGUUAGAGCUCGAGUUGGAGCUUGGACUGGUGUCGGCUGAGACGCAAACGGAGCUACAGCAAACGGAGACACAUCGUGAAAAACAACAGCAGCAAGUCGAACCGCCGGAGCAGCAUCAGCAGAACGAACAACCGCAGCAGGAGCAGCAGCCGGAGCAGCAGCAGCAGCAGCAGCAGCAGGAAGAACAGCAGCCACCGCAGCAGAGGCAACAGCCACCGAGAACAUAUGAUCCAUUGGAUGAUGAGCCGGCGACAUCCUCACGUUCACAAAACCGUCCGCCCCCAGGCGACAACAAUACCGAUCCAGACGAAUCGAAGGAGACCCCCCCGGAGCCGGCAACAGAUCCCAGGAUUUGUGCUGUUAUGACUCGACCCAUUCCUGGCUACAACAAUACCUUCAUGCUGUGCUCCCUGAGCAACAACAACAACUUCACGCCCUUGAAUAAUGAGGCAUUGUACUUGGAUAAUGAGAAUCACUUGGUGCCGGUGCCACUGGAAGCAUUGACUGAGACACCAAGGCUACCCGAAGGCCAUCCAUUAUCGGCAGUCUUCCUGCUGGAUGGUGAGGCCGUGGCGCAGGUGGUGCAGGGAGAGCAAGCUGAAGGAGAAGAAGCAGCAGGAGAAGUAGUAGUAGAAGGAGCAGGAGCAGAAGGAGAAGGAGUAGGAGUAGGAGUAGGAGUAGGACAAGCAGAGGGAGAUGUUAUGCCCGCGAUUCUGGGCAUGAUGUCGCCCUCAAAUCAGUUGGCUGAAGGCCAAGAGGAUGAGGAGGAGGACCCGGAGCCCGCUGAGGAGCCGGCUGAUGAGGUGGAGGACCCAUCGCCAUCCGAGGAAAUCUAUCAACUGCAAUCGAACGUGCUCCAACUGAAUGUCAGUGGACAUCAGCUAGAGAUAACGACUGAGGUACUAAUGAAUAUAGCCGAGCAACAGGACGACAUCAUCAUUGAGAUCGAUGGCGGCGGUCAGGCGCUAUUGCACGCCGCCGAUAUCUUGCAGGCGGCCAAGAAUUAUUUGCAAGAGCGGGACUUACAGCUGGUCAAUCUGGAGGAUUUGACCUUGCACAACGAUGAGCAGGCAGCUGGCUCUGUUCCUGCUCCAGUGCCUGAUUUGUUGGCCGUUGCCCUAGCCGGCAGCAACGUGGGUGUCGGAGGACUACUACAUAUUGAGACGCAGGCGGCGGUGGCACCAACUGCUGCUGGAGAGGAUGUGGUUGGAUUUAUGGCGCAUACGUUGCCCGUUAGUGCAUCGCACUUGACGCCGCCGAUUACAGCCCGAACUAAUGAGACAAAUGCUCUGCUGGAUCAGACGCCCAUUAUGUCCGCCUUGGAGCAACCAAGCACCAGCGCUGCCUCCGCCGCCCUGCGCGCCAGUGGCAGCGGGUCCUCUGCACUGCAAUUGCAUCAUCGACGAGUCUCUCCUCUGUCCUUGGAUGCAAUUGGUGGCAAUCUGGACGAUAGCCUGGCUGUUAUUGGUGUAACUAAUGGCAGUGGCAGCGGAGUGCCCACAUCCCUGGAACUGCCCAUAACGGUGACAAAUCCGGCAAUUGCGCCUCGUUCCACAGUCGCUGAUAUGACGAAAUUUGUGCCGUUCCAGUAGCUGCUGCAGCUGGAGGAACUAUCCGAUGAUUGGGAUAGUCUCGACGAUGACGACUAGAUAGCAAUUGGUCCAGUCAAUAAUGAAUUAUACACACAUCUGGUAGCGCCAUAAGCCAAUCAAUGUACAUGCCAAGGCAAAUAGCAAGAGAGUAGAGAGAGAGCAGCACAGCAAUAGAAACUAGAAUAUUUGAUGUACAUACCAACGCAUUCGCUCUCUCUCACUCUAUAUCUGCAUAUAAUGCACGUUUUUUUUUUUUGCUUUGCAACUGUAAAGCAAAGCUUAGACUAAGGCAAUAUAAAUAUGAGCGGGCAGCAUAGCAAUAGAAACUUCAAUUGUGCACUGUAUACAUAAGUCACUCGCUCUCGCUCUUGCUGUUUACAACAUGCGCUCAGCAUAAGCGAAUACAAAUAAGCGAACGCUUAGUAUAAAAAGAAUAAGUAAGAGGUAGUUGAUAAUAGCAACUUUCGUUCUCUCGCUCUGUCUUUUUGUGAGUAUGCAAUAUGCAUAAGCUAUGCUAUUUUUAAAAUUGCAAAUAGAAGUUAGACUAAGACUAUUAUAAAAGGAACGAACAGGUUAGAAACAAAAAAUACUUGCUGUAUAGACUAACGCGAUCUCCCUCGCUCUUACUAACUCGGUGUACAAUAUAUGCUAUUUUUUUUUUGCAAGGCAAAUAUAAAGCAAAGCUUAGAUUAAGCCUGUAGAAAUAAGUGCGAGCAGGAAGCAGAACAGAAAUUAGCAUACUUAAGAAUUGAGAAGCAAAAGAAUAGAAAUAUUUAUAUAUAUAUAUAUAUAUACAUAUAAAUGUUUUAAUUAACUAAAUACCCAAAUUACAUGUGACACUGAUAAAGAAUAUAUAUGACUAACUAUAUUUAUAUAUGUAUGUAUAAUGUGUGUAUCCAAAUACAAGCAGCGAAAACAGAGAUAGUUAAAGAGAGAUAGCAAGCUAUAUUAUAAAUAUAAAAUAUUUAAAUCUAAAUGUUUUGCACCAAAGCAACUUAAAUGAGUUAAAACACAUUUUAAAUAAAUUUAAACAUAAAU